AUGGGGCUGCCCGCUCCUCCCCGGCUGUCCCCCGCAUCCCUCACCCCACCGGCCUUGGUCUCAAGACUUCCUUCUGCUUUUGCGGGUGACAGCGGUGGGCACUUCAACCCUGCGGUGUCCUUGGCGGCCACGCUCAUCGGAGGCCUCGACCUGGUGAUGCUCCUUCCCUACUGGAUCUCCCAGCUGUGCGGGGGGCUGAUCGGGGCCGCCUUGGCCAAGGCAGUGAGUCCUGAAGACAGGUUCUGGAACGCAUCUGGGGCGGCCUUUGUGACGGUCCAGGAGCCGGGGCAGGUGGGGGGGGCGGUGGUGGUGGAGCUGAUCCUGACGACCCUGCUGGCACUGGCUGUUUGCAUGGGCGCCAUCAACGAGAAGACGCAGGGCCCUCUGGCUCCAUUCUCCAUUGGCUUUGCCGUCACCGUGGACAUCCUGGCCGGGGGUGCUGUGUCCGGAGCCUGCAUGAAUCCUGCCCGUGCCUUUGGACCUGCUGUGGUGGCCAAUCACUGGGACUUCCACUGGAUCUACUGGCUGGGCCCGCUCCUGGGGAGCCUCCUCGUAGGAGUGCUUAUCAGGUUCAUCAUUGGAGAUGGGAAAACCCGCCUAAUAUUUAAGGGACGAUGA